CAGAGUAAAGUCAAAUUACAAAGUUGCGCAAAGUAUAACAUACAUAAACUUAAUUAAACAUAAGAACAGAUAAGACGUUUAGAGCCUUGUCGGUGACAUGGACGCCGCUGUUGGCUUGGAACAGCUAUUUGCUGUGCAUAGGGACGUGCCCGCGUUAGCCGUGUUGCAACAGCUCAGGAUGGAUUUCAGCCAGCAACAGCCUCAAGAGCUGCUGCACAACCACCGGGAAUGUCUUCAGUUGGGCACGUGUAGUUUUGGUCGGCGGGGUCGAGCAACGUACGCAAUGCGCACAGAACACGAAAUGAAGGGGGGGUCGCAUCUCACCAUUCAACUAAGCAUGCAUGUGCUCGGUUGAAUGCUCGGUAGCGUGCGAGUUUACCCCUAUCAGGAUGUUUGUUUGCAUAUCCCUCCAAGCGAGAGGGCUUGCACCUAUGCUGAUGUUCGUUCCAAGAAGUGAACUGAGGACUGAUGCUACGGUGAAAGAUUUGGACGUAAAUUCGCCCGUGCAAUAAAACGCCCUGUAUCUCGCUUACGCUAAUCUCACAUUCCAAUAUGCCACUGCACUUUCCUCUCCAGCCUGGCCACAUUCUCUUCCUCGCAAACGUACUUGGGCACCUUACAAAUCCAACACCAUACGUGCUUUGGAAACGCGGGCAGCUGCUUCACAAGGACCCCCCUAUUUCGCGUGAUAUGG